AACCGGAAGACGAAGAUGUUCGUAGGAGUUCGGAACUACUCGGGCAAAGCCUUCACCAGCGGGAAAGAUCGAAGUCACCACAGGGCUGCUAUCAUCAUGUCGGGGAGUUUAGAUGAGGGAUGCUCUUCAGACACGUGGGUACCUUAUAAGGACCGACCAGAAUGGAAAGAUGUCACACCCAUACCCCAAGACGAUGGACCAGAGCCUGUUGUACAGAUUGCCUAUUCGGAUAAGUUUCGAGAUGUUUAUGACUACUUCCGUGCCAUAGUAGCCAGUGAUGAAAAAUCUGACAGAGCUUUGCAUCUGACAAAGGAUGCAGCAGACUUAAACCCUGCUAACUACUCAGUAUGGCACUACAGACGAAUGAUAAUCAGAGAGCUGGACAAGGAUCUAAGGGAAGAAUUGAAGUUCAUUGGUUCUGUCAUUGAGGAGCAUCCGAAGAACUAUCAAGUGUGGCAUCAUCGUAAGGUGAUAGUGGAAUGGCUUGAAGACCCAAGCGAAGAGCUGGAAUUUACCAAACGAAUCUUACGUGAUGAUGCCAAAAAUUAUCAUGCCUGGCAGCAUAGGCAGUGGGUACUGCCGACGUUCAACUUGUGGGACCAAGAAUUGGACUAUGUCGACCAGCUCAUCAAAGAGGAUCUUCGCAAUAACUCAGCUUGGAAUCAGCGGCACUUUGUCAUUUCCAGCACCACUGGCUUUACAGAUGAUGUCCUUUCCAGGGAGGUCAAGUAUGCACAAGACUACAUCAAAAAGUCACCUAGCAAUGAGAGUGCAUGGAGUUACAUGAAAGGUGUUGUGCAGGAGAAAAAGCUGAGCAAGUACCCAGGCAUCAUGGAGUUCUGCCAAGGUCUCUAUGAUCAGUCCAUUCGCUCCCCACACCUGUUGGCCUGCAUGGUAGACAUCUAUGAGGAGAAACUGGAGCUAGGAUGCGACAACCCUGAAGGAACCCUGGACAAAGCUCUGAAGCUGUGCAAGGCACUUGCUGAGGAGUUUGACACCAUUCGUGCAGAGUACUGGCAAUAUGUGAGUCGCACACUCGCCACUAAAUACGGCAAAGAAGCUCCCUCAGAAAUAGCUUCUUGACCACCUUUGCCUGCCUGUAACCACUUGUGUAACCUCCAUCCUUCCAGCUGCUUGUGUCAUUUGUUAAAAAGAAUAUUACGCUCAAGUCUGCAGAUGACUUUAUAUAAUAUGUUUGCAGUGAUGUUCAUGUGUAAGUAAAUAGUUUUAAAUGUUUUAAUUGUUUAUUAUAUAUUUUGAAGACUGCAUAGAGUGAUUUGAUAAUUUAUCUUUUCUGCAGAAGGGGGGACAAGGAAAAGGGGAACUUAACAAAAUUUGCUGCAAUGAGAUGUCAACAUGUGUGAUCUUUUAUAUCUUUUUUUUUUUAUUAAGUAAACAGACCUCAGUAAAUCUUAUGUAGAUGUAAAUCAGUAUUUUUCUCCCUAGCUGCCUUUCAGGUGCAGAAAUUUGUUGCUAUUUAUGACAAACUGUUCUCUCCCUUUCUUUCUGAGAUGUCCGAAGAGACUGGGACUAAUUGAUUAUGUGUACAGUUCUUGUCACAUACAGAAUAUCAUCCAUCUCAUUAAAUAAAUUUUCCACAUCAACAGUUUGGUGGGAUUGAGAAUAGACCUAAUUUUGUUUUAAGCAUAUAUCAAAAAGUACAAACGAUACAUUUGUAAUAUAAAAGCCUUUGUCAUUUGUCUUAUGGAUGUAUUCCUUUCAAGCACUUGUGUUUGUGUUUCUUUAGUUUAACAUGUUACUGAAGUUGAAUUGUUUUUCUAGUAGAGAAAGUUCUAUUUUAACAACCAUGGCUCGUGAUAAAAAAUAUUUUUGGAUUGUUUUGAUUGUAUAUUUGCAUGAACUAACAAAGAAAGAGUUGUUGAUCUUUAUGUUUGUGCAUAUCUUUAAACAAAUGGCAAAAAAUGCUUAUUUUAAAUCUGACAUUGACACUACAUGAAGACGUGACACAGUAGGUCAUAACCAUUAACGCCAUAGUUGUCAUCUUCAGUUUUUACAUCAGAAUUGCUACAUCUACCAGCAUACUGAAAUUUUUUUUUUCAGUUGGUUUUCUUUUUUUUAAUAUAAAGUUUAUCCAAAGACAGACCUGUAAUUAAAGCUAAAACCAUGAAUAUUUAUUUGAACAACAUGUAGUUCUGAUGUGAAUUUGUGAAAGGAAUGAGUUUUUAUAUGAUGUUGAAUGUUACAAAUAAAGGAGUAGGGAGGAGGAGAACUGUGUUUUAUUGACCCAGUUGCCUAUCUUUACACUAUAAUAGUCACUCAGUCCUUGCACAUAGCAGAGUUGUUAAUUGAUGAAUAAAGACCAAAAAAAAAAAAAUCACCAACACUAUAAGUGACAGUGGCCACAUGAAAAAUAUUCGGUGAUGCAUUCUGAUAGUGGUGGCCAAAACAGUUUGAAACCUUCUGGAUCUAUUUUUCACAUAUCACAAUACUACUUUUCAAGCUAUACAACCAUAUUGCUUAUACUGCAUUCAUAAAUGAUCCAAAAAUGACAAUCAGUUGUUAUUCACAAAUGCACAUCAAUUAGUGUGCCAGACAAUUAAACUAAUGUUAGCAGCAGAUACACACCAAAACAUUAGAACAUUGUCAAGCUGAUUGUAAGUACACUCACUGCUCUUAAGUUCUGAGCAGUACACCAUACAUUUCCAGAAAAGGCUAGAUCAACACUGCAACAGGAGUGAGCACAGAAGAAGCGUAAUUCUGAUGGCGUCGCUGAUAAUUCAGCAAAUGGGAGAGCUUCAAGCAUAUUAAUGAUGUGUUACCGUAAUAGGAAGAUUUUUUUGGUGACAUAAGAAAUCAGAUUUUGACCUCUUUCCAAAAUACAGGUAGAAUUAUGUUACUUAAAAGGCUUGGAUCCAGCAGAGAGCAGUUAUUCAGAUUUUUGGCAGUGACAAAAUCAGUUAAUCGCCAGUCAUUUGAAAAUAGGAUUCUUUGAGAAUCAUUCUCUGUACCACAUUAUCUGCUAAAAUACCAUUCUCCAAUAAUUCUGCAAGGACUGCUCAGGCUGAACAAUAUGCUUUUUUAUUUAUCCCAUGCUGUGAUGCAUUCAUUGGUAUAUGAAUCAUGUAUUAGAUCCAUCAGCAUGUAAGAGGUCUGUACUUUUUUGUGAAUUAUCACAAGUUUUUUUCCAGCUGGAGUAGAGUGAUCUUUCCACUGAAUAAACCUGUGACCAGUUAGAGCUGUACUGGAAAUAUGCAUACAUGGGGCUCAUUUUUUCCUUCUAUCUUCUGUUUUGAUACACUGCUGGGACUUGACUGUUCUUUCCAUCUGUCCACAUAUUUGGAGUUAACUAUCCUUAACCAAAUAAAUCCAGAUAUUAUUAAAGCUUUAAGCUAAAUGUUUGAACAAUUUGUGUUUAUUUUUCUGCUAAUUUUCCUAAUUUCAGUGUGCAUGCAUGCGAGUCUUGCUGUAAAUAAUGGUGUGGAGGAAUCAACAGAUUCUAGUAUAUUUAUAAUCAUGCAAGUUCCUGAUGACUGAUUUUAGCUAUUUAUUAUUCGUAGCAGGUCUGUUGUUUUGUUGCUUUUUUUUUGUUGUUUUUUUUUUAUUUCUUCAGAAGAUAUACAACUUUAAAUAUUGUCUAAUACUUUAUCCAAGUAUGUUUGAAUUAUUUUUUUUAACUUCUUUUGUAUUAAUCUCUGGCUGCAAAGUUCAUUUUACUGUGUUGCCAUGGAGUAAGUGGAUGGGCUAAAUAUGGGUGCUUGAGAGAUUGUCAGGGUAAACCUUUUUUGCAGCAUGUCAUUUUAACACUCUUUAGUCCAGCUUUAACAAAAAUUUUAGGAUAGUUCAUAGCAGAAAAAGACAUUUCCCACCAUCCUAAAUAGCAGUUUUGAUGCAAUUUGACAUUCAGUUUCACUUGACAUUAAAGAGCCAAUAAAAAGCUUUAUGACAUGACAGUUAUGCUCUUAAUUGAAGAUGUCUUUGGAUAAGCUGCAGCAAGUUGACUUUGUCAAUGUUUGGGGCAAACUAUUAAGUUGUGCCCUAUGUACUUUUAUAUGUAUGGCCACUGUACUAUGAUGACAAAAAAAGAAAAGACAUGAGUUUUUCUACUCUCUCAACAGUUUGUCAUUUUUAUUUGUCAAGAAUAAAAAAUAUGAAACUGAA